CUCUACUCAAGGAGUGUGUGUGUGUGUGUGUGCAUCUAUCUGUGUGAGUGUGUGUGUCUUAUUGUGUGUCCAGAGAUUAUCCCAUUCAAGGCCUAUCAGAGAAAGAGCUGAAGGCCAUGUCGGCGGCUCCACUCCUGGUGGCCCUGCUCCAGGUGGCAGUGCUGCCCUCUGUCUUCGGCGGGGCGUACUACGGGCACAACGGUCACAGCGGGCAUCCUCAGCAGCACCUCCCCCAGCAGCACCUCCCCCAGCACCCACAGAUCCCCCAGAUACCCCAUAUGGGCAACAAGGACAAGGGCUACAUGCAUUACCAGCACUACAGGAAGGACCUGCCUCAAAUACCCCGGGGGAAGGAGAAGGGUCUCACCAUUCCCCAGGGAGAGGUAGGUAUCCCCCAGGGGGAACCGGGGCCUGCUGGACCUCCAGGACCCUCUGGGCCGCCUGGCCCAGCUGGACCCCCCGGUCCCCCCGGUAACGGACUCCCUGGGCCGGGAGGAAAUCCUGGACUCCCCGGACCUCCAGGACACGCCGGAGUCGGAAAACCCGGAAUGCCAGGGUUGCCAGGGAAACCGGGUGGACCCGGCCUGCCAGGGCCCCCUGGAGAUCAAGGUCUGAGCGGGGGAGAGGGGCCCGAGGGGCCAGUCGGUCCCUCAGGGCCUCCAGGACCCCCUGGGCUCCCCGGCAUGGGCAAACCUGGGGGUCAGGGCCUGCCCGGGGCCCCGGGGAUGAAAGGAGAGCCUGGACACAAGGGACUUCCAGGGCUCCCUGGCCUGCCAGGACCAAAGGGAGACAAAGGCAUCGGGAUGCCUGGGUUGCCUGGUCACAAGGGGCCUGCAGGACCACCGGGGCGCCCAGGACAAGGCGGUCUGCCAGGAAUCGGAAAACCAGGAAUGCCUGGAAUGCCGGGGCCUCCAGGCGUGUCAGGAAAACCUGGACCUACCGGAGAGCCCGGACCCUCAGGGCCGCCUGGACAGGAGGGACCUCAGGGAAUGCCCGGACCAGAUGGAAUUGGAAAACCAGGACUGGACGGCGCUCCAGGGCAACCAGGCCCACAGGGUGGCAAAGGACAACCAGGUCUGCCAGGGUUGCCAGGAAAACCGGGACUGCCAGGAAUUGGCAAACCAGGAUACCCCGGACCAAAGGGAGAUAAGGGGCAGGGAGGCCAGCCAGGUGCCUUCGGGCCAAAGGGAGACAAAGGACCAGGAGGUGCGCCAGGACAACUAGGCCCGCCAGGACCAAACGGACCUCCUGGGCCGCCGGGUCGCAUGGGGCCCCCAGGGGGCAUAGGUGUACCUGGACAAAGAGGUGAAGGAGGACCUGUGGGACCGAAAGGUGAAAUUGGACCCCUCGGAGAACCAGGACCCACAGGGUUGCCAGGUGAAGCUGGAGCCCCAGGAGAGGGAGGCGAGCCUGGGCCAAGAGGGCCGCCAGGGUCAGUGGGUCCCCAGGGCGAAGGAGGACAGAAGGGUCAGCAAGGACCUCCCGGUCAACCUGGUCUGCCCGGCCUGAAGGGUGAAGGAGGCGGCCCUGGUCCAGAGGGCCCUCAAGGACCAAAGGGAAUUCCAGGAAUCACUGGUCCCGGUGGCCCGAUUGGACCUCCUGGACCUCCCGGACCUAAAGGAGAGGGAGGUCCACCGGGUCAACCUGGUCCUGCUGGAGAGGGGAACCCAGGUGUGGCAGGCCCAAUCGGACCUCCAGGAAAAACAGGACCUUCGGGCCCACCUGGCCAACCUGGUCGAACCGGACUCCCCGGCCCUCCCGGUCCACCUGGAGCCUCGGCGCCCGUACCGGACCUGGAGGCCGUGCUGCCCGAGAUGGGCCCGGCACUGGACGGUGUGAAGACCUACAAGGGCAAGGGCAAGUACGGCGGAACACCCCAGGUCAUCGCCAGUGGGCUAGAGAUGCCCGCCUUCACCGCCACCCUGACCACUCCCUUCCCGCCCGUUGGCACGCCUGUGGUGUUCGACAAGAUCCUCUACAACGGCCGGCAGAACUACAACCCGCAGACGGGCGUGUUCACCUGUGACCUGCCCGGCAUCUACUACUUCAGCUACCACGUGCACUGCAAGGGCACCAACGUGUGGGUGGGGCUGUACCGCAACGGGGAGCCCGUGAUGUACACCUACGACGAGUACAAGAAGGGCAUCCUAGAUCAGGCGUCCGGCAGUGCCGUGGUGCCCCUGCAGCCUGGCGACGCGGUCCACAUCGAGCUGCCCUCCGAUCAGGCGGCUGGCCUCUACGCCGGCCAGUACGUCCACUCCUCCUUCUCCGGAUUCCUGCUCUACCCGAUGUAGAGAGAGAGAGAGAGAGAGAGAGAGAGAGAGGAUGAGAGAGAGGUGAAAGAGAGGGAGGGAGGGGAGAAGUACUAAAGAAGAGAAAGA